GUACAAAACUAUUGAAGUACGGAGUGGUUACGCUAUUCAUAUCAGCUAGAUAAACUAAAAACAUCAAACGCGAACUGAUAUCUGUAAACAACGGACGUCCGAAGCGCGAAUCUACGACGAAAAUGUUUACAUUUCGCCUCUAAAUGUCACGUGUUAAGAUUACAGAUAAAACCACGAAAACGACACCGGACAAUAUAACAGAACUGAUAGUAUGACAACCUUUAAAGUUGAACGAAUUGUGGAAGUUGACACUGAAAAUGUAAUGAAAUUAUUGAGACGGACGUUCUUUAUCGACGAACCUCUAAAUAAAGCAAUCGGCUUAUGCGAGCCUGACGGCUGUCCCGAACUUGAAGAUUAUUGCUUGAAAACUUUGCCAGGACUGUCACAUAAAGCUCUGGACGAAGAUGGCAACAUUGUUGGCGUUUUAAUCAAUGGAGUGACACCAGUAGCUGAGGAUCACGAGCUGAAGAUAUUGUUAGAAAAUUGUAAAAAUCCAAAAUUCAAGAAAGUAUUACAAAUACUAGUACUAAGAGAUAAAGAAGCACGUAUUUGGGAGAAAUAUCCACAGGAAAAAGAUAUGCUUGAAGUGAAAAUAGCAGCAACAGCACCAGAAGCCAGAAAUAGAGGCGUUAUGACGAUCCUGACACACGAAGCUGAGAAAACAGCUAAGGAAAAUGGCAUUAAGCUGAUAAGAAUGGACACAUCGAGUGCAUAUUCUUCCAGCACCGCCGAAAGACUUGGCUUCACGUGUCUCUACAGUAAACCGUAUGCAGAAAUAUUGUUGGAUGGCAACCCUGUUAUACUACCAGAUCCGCCACAUGUGAACGACAAAGUGUUUGUAAAACAAUUGUAGUGUUGCUAUUGUAAUAAAAUAAUUGAGAUUAAUGUGUUGCCAAA